AUGGAUGCUAUUUUACAGUCUACUGAGACUAAAAAUGAGACUAAUGUUGAGGAUAAUAAUUUUAAUAAUAUUCCUAGUACUUCUAUAAUAGGGGUCAAAAAAAAUAUUUCAAAAAAUAUACAAACUAAUAGUAAUUUUAAUGAUAAUUUAAUUCUUUCAAAUAAAGAAAUUGGAGAAUUUUAUCCUCAACCACAAGGAUUAAUUCCAAAUAUAGAAAAUCCAUCACUUGUUGAAUUACAAAUGCUUCUUGGAUAUAGAUUUAGAAAACAUGAAUACAGAAGAAAAAAAGUAUUAUCUUUUGAUAGAAAACCAAGACAAGCUUAUUCUACAAAACAACUUCAACGUCUUGAAUAUGAAUUUAAUAAAGAUAAAUAUUUAAGUAUCCAAAAACGAUAUCAAUUAUCACAUGAGUUAAAUUUAUCAGAAACACAAAUAAAAACAUGGUUUCAAAAUCGUCGUACUAAAUGGAAAAAACAAAUAACUUUGAAACUUCGUCAAAUUUGUGAAAAAAAUUCACCAUUUUUUAAUUGUCAAACAAAAGCGCAACUUCCAGAUCCAAUUAAUACAAUUCAUCCAAUUCAAAAUAUUAAUCGUUUUUUUCAAUAA